AUGUUACAGGAAAAAAUUGAAACUCUUAAAGAAAAGUUGGAGAGUGAAACUAAAAAAUGGGAUCAGACAGCUAAAUAUCGUGUCAAGCUUCCAAAAUCUAAUCAACCAAUUACUUUGAACGUUGGAGGUAAAAAGAUGAAGGCAACUCUUCAAACACUUACUGAUACGAGUUUGGAAAAGAAUUCAGUGUUGGCUAAAAUGUUUGAUGGUGAAUAUCCAUUGAGAAAAUGUGAGGAUGGUUCUUACUUUAUUGAUUGUGAUCCUGCAUUGUUCAAAUAUAUAUUGCAUUGGCUCAGAUAUGGUAAUAUUAGUAUUGAUUGUGAAUAUUUAAAGGAAAGAUUGAGUCAUGUUGCGGAAUAUUUCGGAUUGAACAAGAUGAAAGCAUCUCUCAAGGAUGAAAUUGUCAAUGAAAUUGAUGAGGAAACUGCUGAAUUGACAACUGAUUCAACUAAGGAUCUCAAACAAUUGGAUUUGAGUAAUAUCACUAUUAUGGAUGCUGAAAUUGUUGAUUGUGAUUUAUCUGGAAUUCAAAUUUCCAAGGCCAAAUUCCACAAUUGCAAUUUCAAGUAUUGUGAUUUCAGUGGAUGCACUCUCAGUAAUUGUGAAAUGAUUGGAUGUGAUUUGAGUAAUUCCAAGUUCGUUGGAGCCUCUUUGAAUGGAGUUACACUCAAAAUCUCUAAAUUAUUUGGUUGUAACAUUGAAAAGGCAAUAUGUAGAAAUGUAAACUUUAAUUUAUCCACCAAUUGGUCAAGAUCUUCAUUGAUUGGUUUCGACUUGUCAUCCUUAGAUUUCUUUGGCUCUGAUUUCAGUUUGGCCAACUUGUCCAAUUGCAACCUUUCCAAAACUAAUCUAUCCAAUUGUAAUUUUGAGGGAGCAAACUUUACCUAUUGUAAUUUAGAUUCAGCUCUAUUGAGAAACAGCUCGCUCAAUAAGGCUAUCCUUUUUGGAUGUAAUAUCAAG